AUGGGCACUCCGAUGCUUGACCAGUUUUUGGCCAGUAUUGCGGCGUUGGUUUCCAAUCGCCAGGGCGACCACUUACAGGAUUACCUUCAGGUCGUGCCGGAACAUAUGCGCGAUGGAUACCGACACAUGGCACUGGAACUACAAAAGUCGUAUCCCAAGGGGCCUGGUGACGAUUCCUUGUUGAAGCGAUGCGAAGCAUUAGUCCCCAAGAACCCAGAUGGAACGACAUGGCAUGCUUUUCCGAUCUUCAUCCGAUCGUACCUUGCCUAUCUGCGAGACGGAAAUGUCUCAAAUCCAUUAGAGGCAUACAAAUCUCUCAGUGGACUUUUGAAUCAAUGCCUGCAAGCUCUCGGGGACAGUCAGAUGGGCGCCAUCGUUCUUCGUACUGUUGUCUACCUAUCCCAAAUCGUCGCCGGUCUUGCCAUGACGCUCGAGAAAAACAUACAGUUGCUGGCUCAACUACGGUUAGAUCGGCCUCAGGAUGCCUUUGAGCGGACAAGUCUGGUGGAAGACGCUGCCAAUGUUGUACGAGAAGGAUUCAUUAAAUGUUUGGUUGAUCGCGGUGGCACAACCGGUCCCUCGGGCAAACCACAGGGCAAACGGGCUGGAAUCUAUUUGAUGGCCAAUCAUUGCCUGAGGUUGCUUCAUAGGUGUGGCAAGCUUAGAAGCGCAGACACGAUCUUUAAGAGUAUUUCUGCACAAUCGCCUCCACUCGAACACUACCCUGCAGCUCACCGCGUUACCUACCUCUACUACCUCGGUCGAUAUUUAUUCGCAAACAACAGUUUCUAUCUCGCAAACAAAGCGUUGCACGAAGCUUACAACCAAUGCCAUGUGCAAUGCCUCAAGCAACGGCGGCUUAUAUUAAUAUACCUUAUUUCGUCCAAUAUAAUAAUGGGCCGAUUUCCCUCACUUCAACUCUUGCAGAAACCAGAGGCUCAGGGCCUUUAUGACAUCUUUUAUCCAGUGUGCCGCAUCAUCCAGUCUGGUGACUACCUAGCUUUAAGGGACCACUUUGCAACGGGCAGCUCUGCCGGGCAAUGGUUCCUCAGGAAGGGACUUAUGUACCAGAUGCGAAACCGCUGUGAAGUUCUCGUCUGGCGGUCUUUGAUUCGCAAAGUUUUUAUCUUUGGUGGUUUCCAUGGGGAUCCAUCUGCCCAACGAGCACCACCGCCAAUGCUUCAUUUAAGCAAAGUAGAAACAGCUGUUCGAUUGUUACAAUCUCGACAUAAAGAGCAUUUCACAAAGGAGCUGUUCUCGAAAGGAGAUGCAAAUGUGAUUACCAUUCGCUUGCCCGAGGACAGCGAUUAUGACGGCAUUGCCGGCCUUGUAUCAAAAGCUAGUGAUCCUGAAGUUGACGACUACCUGAUAACUUCAGGCUACUACGAUGAGAAUGGGGCAUGGGUCGAGAACCCUAGUGGGCAGCUUAUUGAAGGGCCUGAAUACGAGCAAUAUACCGACUCGCUGGAUUAUCUAUACAGGGGAACUCUUGGACUGCCUACGCAGGACACACAUUCUUCAAAACUGCUGCAAGAAAUUGAGUCUAUCGUAUCAUCUCUUAUCAAACAAAAUCUUCUUGGCGGCUACUUAACGCACAAUCCAGCGCGAUUCGUUAUCCCUGGGGCAAAGCACGUGGGAGUUUUGGCGAAGGGAUUCCCGAAUGUUUGGCAAACAAUCAGCGGUCAACAACAGAGCUACGGCGACGAAGUACCUGCAUGGAUUGUUACUCGACAGGCCCUGCCUACUCAGCCAGCAUUUCAAGGCACCGGUGGUGGCCGUGUAAUUAAUCUAAAAGGUGCCAAAGCGGUUGGAAGUUGA